AUGUUUCUGCUUUUUACUAUCAACUCACUUUUGUUUGUCCCAAACACAACUGCUUCUAUCUUAGAAAACCAAACCGAUUAUUUUGAGUUGCUCAAAUUCAAGGAAUCAAUAUCAAAUGAUCCGUAUAAAAAAUUGGCUUCUUGGACUAGUUCAAUCCAGUUUUGCAAGUGGCGUGGAGUCUCGUGCAAUCCCAUGCAACAAAGAGUUAUAGAGUUGAACUUAGAAGGAUAUAACUUGCAUGGACUCAUAUCUCCUCAUGUGGGCAAUCUCUCUUUUUUGACAAGUCUCAACCUUGGAAACAACAGCUUCUAUGGAAAAAUUCCACAAGAAUUGGGUCGGUUGUCACAAUUACAACAACUUUCUCUCACCAAUAACUCAUUGGAAGGGGAAAUGCCUACAAACUUGACAAGUUGCUCAAAUCUCAAAGAGUUACACUUAUUUGGUAACAAUUUGAUCGGUAAGAUACCAAUUGAAAUUGGCUCUCUUCAAAAGCUUCAAAGAAUGAGCAUUGCUGGAAAUAGUUUAACUGGAGCAAUCCCACCAAGUAUAGGGAAUCUGUCAUCCCUCACUUCUCUCUCAAUGGGUGUUAAUAAUUUAGAGGGAGAUAUUCCACAAGAAAUAUGUCACCUCAAAAGCUUGACAAUGAUAUCAAUGCAUGUCAACAAUUUGACUGGUACAUUUCCUUCUUGUCUUUUCAAUAUGUCAUCUCUUACUAUAAUUUCAGCUGCACAUAAUGAAUUCAAUGGCUCUCUUACACCAAACAUGUUCCACACCCUACCCAAACUCCGAGAAUUCCUACUUGGUGGGAACUAUAUCUCAGGUCCAAUACCAACUUCCAUUACAAAUGCAUCUAUCCUCCAAACACUUGAUAUUGGUCAAAACAAUUUGGUGGGCCAAGUUCCAAGUUUAGAAAAGCUACAAGAUCUUUGGUUCCUAAGUUUGUAUAACAAUUACCUAGGCAAUUUAUCCACCCAACUCAGUCAAUUAUAUCUUGGGGGUAAUCAAAUAUCAGGAAAAAUUCCUUCAGAGUUAGGGGAUCUAGUUGGUUUAACUGUCUUGACCAUGGAAGUUAACCACUUUAAAGGAAAUAUUCCAGCUACUUUUGGCAAGUUUUGGAAGCUGCAAAAGUUAGAAUUGAGUAGAAAUAAAUUGUCAGGAAAUAUGCCAUCUUUCAUAGGCAACCUAAGUAAGUUGUAUUAUCUGGGUAUAGGAGAAAACAUGUUAGAAGGAAAUAUUCCACCAAGUAUAGGAAACUGUCAGAAGUUACAAUAUCUUGACCUUUGGAAAAAUAACCUUAGAGGAACCAUACCCUUAGAGAUUUUUAGUCUCUUCUCUUUGACAAACAUGUUGGACUUGUCAAAAAACUUAUUGAGUGGCAAUCUACCUAGUGAAAUUGGCCAAUUAAAAAAUAUUGGGAAGUUGGAUGUAUCUGAGAAUCAUUUGUCUGGUGACAUUCCUGAAACCAUUGGAGAAUGCAUGAGCUUGGAGUACCUUUAUCUGCAUAGGAAUUCCUUUCAUGGAGUCAUACCAUCCUCUUUGGCUUCACUCAAAGGUCUUCGGCAAUUAGACAUAUCACAAAAUCGUUUGUCUGGAUCAAUUCCUAAAGGUUUGGAGAAUAUUUCCUUCUUAGAAUACUUCAAUGUAUCUUUUAACAUGUUGGAUGGUGAAUUACCAAUGGAAGGUGUCUUCAGAAAUGUAAGUGAGUUAGGAGUGAUUGGUAAUAAUAAGCUUUGCGGAGGUAUUUCAGAGCUACAUCUACCACCAUGCCCUAUCAAAGGUAAGAGACCUACAAGACACCAAAAUUUCAUGUUGAUAGUGAUGAUAGUUUGUGUGGUCACUUUUCUUCUCAUACUGCCAUUUAUUCUAUCUAUCUAUUGGGUGAGGAAAGGAAAUAAGAAAAAAUCUCUUGAUUCACCAAUAAUUGACCACCAUAGUAAGGUCUCAUACCAAAACCUACAUCAUGGAACUGAUGGGUUCUCAGCUAAAAACCUGAUAGGAUCAGGAAAUUUUGGUUCUGUGUACAAAGGAACUAUUGAGUUGGAAGACAAUGUUGUUGCCAUAAAGGUCCUAAACCUUCAAAAGAAGGGAGCUCAAAAGAGUUUCUUUGUGGAAUGUAAUGCAUUGAAGAACAUUAAGCAUCGAAACUUGGUUAAGAUUUUAACAUGUUGUUCCAGCAUUGAUUAUAAAGGUCAAGAAUUUAAAGCUCUAGUUUAUGAGUACAUGGCAAAUGGAAGUUUAGAAAGAUGGUUGCAUCCACCAAUAAAAAUUGCAGAUCAGCACAGAACAUUGAGCCUUGAUCAAAGAUUAAAUAUCAUUGUCGAUGUUGCUUCUGCAAUUCAUUAUCUUCACCAUGAAUGCGGGCAAGCAAUCGUUCAUUGUGAUUUGAAGCCAAGCAAUGUUCUUCUUGAUGAUUACUUGGUAGCUCAUGUGAGUGAUUUUGGUUUAGCAAGAUGGUUCUCAACUACUGCAACUUCUCCAAAGCAAACUAGCACGGUUGGAAUAAAGGGGACAAUUGGCUAUGCUCCUCCAGAAUAUGGAAUGGGUUCAGAGGUGUCCAUGGAAGGUGACAUAUAUAGUUUUGGAAUUCUUGUUUUGGAAAUGUUAACUGGAAGAAGACCUACACAUGAAAUGUUUGAAGAUGGUCAUAAUCUCCAUAACUAUGUCAAAAUCUCAAUUCCAAAUAACCUUUCCCAUGUUGUGGAUCCAACUAUUCUUCCCAAGGAAUUAAAGGAUGCUGCUAAUAGUGAAAGCCUGACCGUUAUGCAUCCCAACGUAGAGAAAUGUUUACUUUCACUUUUUAGGAUUGCACUUGCUUGUUCAACAGAAUCGCCAAAAGAAAGAACGAGUAUGGUUGAUGUCACUAGGGAACUUAAUCUAAUCAAAAGUUCCUUUUCUUCAGGAGAGAUCAAUGGAGAUUGGCUACCUGAGAACCACAAAAUACAAAAUGUAUAA